GACAUCAAAUUAAAAUCGUAGGUAGGUGUGUAACUUUGGGAGUGAAAAGAUCAUCUUUUGCCAUCUACUGGUGCCUUUUUCCUUUAGUGAAUACAAGAAUGGCUUCGUUUCUUUGAAAGGUGAGACACGGAAAAGUCGGCGGUUUGGGAUUGUGGAGUGGUUUCAGAUGACCUGUGAAGAGAAGCCUUUCAGUAGUAACAGAUGCGGGUGAAAGAACCAUCCAGAGCUUUGCCCGAAGAAACAAGAAGUAAAAGGCCCACCUUUCCUCGUGAUGAAGAGUCCUCAGAUGACGUUGCUGAGGGUGUCACUUGCCAACACUUAAGUCGUGCUGUCAGUGUGAGUCGCGUGAAGAAAGGAGUCACUGAAAAUCCAUGGUCAGUUUGUGGAGAAUGCUUAAAAGAAAGAGGUUGCUACGAUGGACAGCUGGCACUUCCCUCUGACAUUUGGUUGUGCCUCAAAUGUGGCUUUCAGGGAUGCGGUAAAAACUCGGAAAGCCAGCAUGCACUGAAGCACUGCAGGAGUUGGAGAUCAGAGCCUCACCGUGCUGUGAUCAGUCUGAGCUCGCGGGUUAUGUGGUGUUAUGAAUGUGGAAAAUUAUUGGCAUAUCGUAAUAAGAAGGCUUUGUCUCAAACAGUGGAUUUUCUCCAGAAGCAUGCUUCUAAAACAAGUAAGUCAAGCACUUUUUCUAAAAUCAUAAGACACUGUGAAGAAAAAUGUGAAAUAGGUGACAAAAAGAAGGGGAGGAAAGGCAACAGUGUAACGUCUGUAAAAGGAAUUAUACAUUCAGGAAAUACUUGCUUCUUUAAUGCAGUUUUGCAGAACUUGGCACAGUCUGCCAUCUUUACUGAGCUGAUUAGUGAACUCAAAGAAAAUGUCACCAAACUCAAGAUUUUUCCUUCCUCAGACCCCCAGCUGGACCCACUCGUGGCGGACCUUUCAAGCCCAGGACCGCUGACAGCAGCCUUGUUCCUGUUUCUUCAGAGCAUGAAGGAGACUGAAAAAGGACCAGUUUCUCCUAAAAUUCUUUUUAAUCAGCUUUGUCAGAAGGCUCCCAGAUUCAAGAGUUUUCAACAGCAGGACAACCAGGAGCUUCUUCAUUACUUACUGGACGCACUGAGGACAGAGGAGACUAAGAGAAUACAAGCCAGCAUUUUAAAAGCUUUCAACAACCCAACUACUGAAACUGCUGAUGACGUGACUAGGAAAAAAGUCAAAGCAUAUGGAAGAGAAGGUGUGAAAAUGAACUUCAUAGAUCAGAUCUUUCUUGGUGAAUUAACUAGCACAGUCAUGUGUGAAGAAUGUGCCAAUGUCUCUACGGUGAAAGAUCCUUUCAUUGAAGUUUCACUUCCUGUAAUAGAAGAAAGGGUUUCCAAACCUGUGCUUCUGGGGAAAGGGACUAAAUACAGAAGUCCUCAGGAGACAGACACCGGACAGCGUGAUGGUACCGCGGCCUGGAAAACAGCCCCCACCCGGAGCCGCCCAGAAGCAGCCUUCAUCUAGAUAUAAGGUAAAUGAUGUCCAUUUUCAAGACACUUAUUUUUCAGAAAAUGUUUAUUAAGACUUCAAGGGUGCAGGGCCCGGUGGUGGGGCUCCCAGUUAAACACACUCAUGCCAGGACCGGGGGUCCAAACUCCUCUCCACCUGCAGGGGAAAAACUUGGUGAAGCAGGGCUGUGAGCUCUCUGUCUCUCUCCGUCUCUAUCUCUCUUUUUAAAUUUUUUAAUUUAAUUUGUUUCUUGGACACAGUCAGAAAUUGAGAGGGAAGGAGGAGAUAGGAAGAGAGGCAGAGAAACAGCGACCCCUGCAGCCCAGCAUCAUCACUUCUGAAGCUUUCCCCCUGCAGCUGGGACCUAGGGCUCGAACCCGGGUCCUUGCCCAUUGUACCACGCGCACUCAGCGAGCUGCACCACCACCCGGUCCCCCUCUCCUUUGUCUCUCCCCCCACCCCCCAGUUUCUCUCUCUCUCUCUAUCCAAUAAUUAACAACAGCAACAAUAAAAAGACCUCAGGAGUGCGCACGUGUGGAGAAAAUUGGACUGGCGACUGUGGGGCCCUCAGGUUUGAGCCCCUCCCCCACUGAAGGAAGCUCUGGCACUGUGGUCUCUUCCACCUUCUGCUCUCCGUCUCCGUCUAAAAAUGAAAGAAAGAAAGAAAUUGGGCAGACUGAAAGCCUUCAUAAUGAUCUAAUGACCAGCUGCGUGUUAUUUGUGUCUGCCUGAUACUCCUUUCCCACCUGCCCUGAUCAUUUUCAAAUUAAUCCAAAAAUUGAAAAUUAAAAUUGAAGCAGUGUCAACUGCUUCAAUUGAUCUGGAGGAUACUACUCAUGUUAAAGAUAGUUGCUACAGGGGCCGGGCGGUGGCUCACCUGGUUGAGUGCACACGUUACAGUGCGCAAGGACCUGGGUUCAAGCCCCUGGUCCCCACUUGCAAGGGUAAAGCUUCACGAGUGGUGGAGUAGGGCGGCAGGUGUCUCUCUGUCUCUCCCUCUUUCCAUCUCCCCCUCUCAAUUUCUGGCUGUCUCUUCCAAAGAUAAAAAAAAUUUUAAAAAAAGAUACAGUAUCAUUAGCGCAUCUGUAAUAUUAACUAGCAGUUAAUAUCUUUCUGCAUCCCCACGGGACUGACAGGCUCUUCUAGCUCCCUGACUGCCUUUCUAAUGAACUCAGACUUACGCACCUAGUUAGGUUCAAGUUUGAUUAUAUAAUUUUGGUGAGAAAACUUCCCUUUUUAAAAUUUACCACCAGGGAUAUUGCUGGGUCUCUGUGCCGGCAGACAGCUCCACCAAUCAUAGUCAUUUCCCCUCUCUCUCUUCCUCUCUCUCCCUCCCUUCCUUCUUCUUGUUUA